AUGUUUAUUAAUAACUCCGUUAAUUUCUUAUCGCAAAAUUUAUUUUUUUACACUAUCACGAAAAUUAGGUCAAUACUCGUGUUCACUCGCAAUUUCUUUCAGUGUUUUCGGAGAAGAGGCAUCAUGAAAGUUGUAUUCCAUCAAUUUGUAUCAAUAUAUUGCUUCAUCAAAAAUUUGGUAGGAAUACCGCCGGGAUUUCUUAAAAAAGAAUCUGGUUUCGUUGGGUUAUUAAUACAAACAUGUCUUGUAACAUUAUCGAUUAUAACCAUGACGGUUUUGAACGUUUUUAUGUUAAUUAUACAGUGUUUUUUGUGGGGGAUGGAUUUGUGGUUAACUUGUAAACUCGGCAACAAUUACGGAGGUCGAUUACAAGGAUUAGAUGGUUAUUUUGAAUCCACGGAGGAAAAAAUAGGCGUUGCAUGCAUGAUAAUUUUGAAUCACAACGAAGAUGAUUUCACCCUUAAAAAGCGCGUUCAAGAAAUGUUUAAAACUGUACAUAACAGUUCUUAUAAGUUAUCCUGUACCGUGGAAAGAUGUUUGGGGUACGCCUAUUACCUAAAGAAUCAAUUAACUUCGGAGGAUUGCUUCAACAUUAAUAAUGUUAGUAAUAAAGAAUGUUUAAGUAGGGAAGAAUUGUUUGAAUAUAUCGAAAAUAAAUACAUGAUUAAUCUUUGUAACCAAAAAAGAUUGUGGUACGGUGAAAUAUUUACUCAGCCAAUUUUGUGGGACAAAGAAAAUAAAUCGCAAAAGCAAACAGCGAUUUUAUUCGUAUUUAGACAUUGUUUAGGCGAUGGCCCUUCUCUUCUAGGAUUAUUAAAUAACGUUAUGGUGCAUAAAGAGCAACCUGAACCUAUGCAACUUAAUGCGAGGAAUAAAACAGUUCCCACCUUCACCUUGGAUUAUACUUAUUUUUAUCGCAACCCAUUAAGUAAUCAAAUAGAUGAACCCGCGUUUCAAACUCCACAUAAUAAACGUCACGUUGUUUUUUAUUUAGAAGAUAAAAUAAAAUAUAUUCCUAUAAUAAAAAAACUUAAAAAUAAGCUCCAAGUUGGAUUUGGUGAAAUAUUAAUGGCUGGUUUAACAGCUAGCUUAGCAAAUAUUUUAGCGAAAAGAGGUAAGGUUAUGGAUAAAUGUACAACGAGUAUUAUACUUAAACCAAUCGACGAAGACAUAAUUAACGGAACUUAUGAUCACAAUAAUAUAACUAAUAAAUCAACGGGAAUCUUUAUCAAUGCCCUUGUGAGUAUGCAGAAAGGAUCGUCUAUGUUGGAUCGGAUCAAAUCGAUUAAAAUUGAAGUCGAAAAAUCGAAACGUUCUGUUGAUAGCUUAGCGAUUCAAACAUUUUCAAAGUUAUUACAUUUAAUACCAACGUCCUUGAUUAAAUAUAUCGGGGCAAUUACUUCGAACAUAACAGCAGGGCUGAGUAAUAUUGGAGGAUUACAAACAGUGUCAUUGGCUGGGUGUGACAUAAAAGCAGUAAUGAUGUUUACUCCGUUUCUGCAAAACAUUGGUUUUAGAUUACACGUAUUCUCGUAUGAAAACCGUCUUCAAUUGGCUCUAAGUUUGAAGGAGAAUAUGGUGCGAAGUAGAGAGGAGGCGCAGGAGAUUAUUGAUAAUAUCUUUGUAUAUGUUGAUAAAUUAAGUGAAGAAUUAAAUAUAUGAUAGAUUUGUUUAAAAUUUUAAAAUAAAUAAUGGAAAAUUUGAAACAAACUAACUUCGUAUUACUGCGAUAUGCAAUGUUGAUAUUUUAAAACAAAAUCAUUAAUAAAAAUUCUUUAUAACAUAA